AUGCCUUCCGUGCAGGAGUUCCAGCUCCAUCCCUUGGGAUGGGAGACUGACCCAGAGGAGGAGCGUUUCAAGCUCUCCACGCUUGACUACUUGACGACGACAACCUGGACCAGUAUGGCACUGUUUUUCAAGGUUGAGGAUUCCGAGAGGAGAAAGAUUAUGUCUGUACUGAAGAAUGGUUUGGAGCGGACUCUGAGCCAGACUCGGCACCUUGUCGGCACCAUUGAAAAGGAUCCAGACGGCCACCAUUCCAUUGUCCGCAAGAAGACAAGUACCGUCCAGUUUGUUGUCCAGAAUCUUGCACCUAACGAGUUCCCAUCCUUUGACACCAUCUCAAAGAGCCACUUCCUCUCCAGCGCCCUAGGCAACGUCGAUAUUCUAUGCAACCCUCCUAUGACCUGUGGCAACAAGCCAGAGGCACAUCCUGACAAUAGCCCUGCUCUGUCAUCCUUCAAAGCCAAUUUCAUCACAGGCGGUCUUAUUUUCAACAUACACACCCACCACUACAGCAACGGCAUCUUAAGCUUCAACGCACUCGUCCAGCAGUUGGCCGAGAACUGCUACGCUAUUUCGAAAGGAUCCGAGUUCCCAUCAUGGGAUCCAAGGUGCCUCGAUCGCAACCUGUUCGGUUACCUGGGUUUUGAUAGGCCGUCAAACAAAACACUCCAAAUCGAGGCGCCUCCCCGGGCUACAGACAACACCCAGUACAAGCCAUCGCAAUCUAUGCUGUUCCAUCUGCCCAAGAGUCGAGCCGCCGAGCUCAAGAAGGCUGCAGCUUCCAGCGGUGCCUGGAUCUCGACAUACAAUGCCAUGUGCGCACUCGUGUGGCGGACUCUCACAAAACUUCGCAUGUCUAUCUACAAGCCCGACCCGAACUUCAAGCCGCUCUGGGCAGAAGGCGUUAGCAUAGCCAAGUUGUUCACGGAUCCCCCAAUGCCUGCUCGAAUGCAGAGCAACCUGCAGAUCGAUAUCACGUCAACCAUGUUGGACAUGCCGCAGUGGACCGUGUCCGAGAUUGUCUCAGCGCCGUUAUACAAGCUUGCGCUGUACACACGUCAGAUGACUGACAGCGUCACGGCCGGUAUGCUUGCUGACAGGCUGCAGAAGCUGGCGCACGUGCGGAACAAGUGGGACUUGUCCAUCAACGUCGACUCCUUCCCGCCAAUGUCGCAGCUCUUCACCGACUGGCGCUACGCGAAAAUCUGUACUUAUGACUUUGGCUUUGCGGAGCCCAGUGCUUUUCGGCACCUGUUUGGGGGAGUGUCGCGCCAGGCCCUUGUCUACCCCCCGCACAAGGGUCCCGCUGGGGGGGACGAGGGAAUGGAAAUCCUGGUCACGGUCGAGAUUGAGCUUAUGCAGCGACUGCUGGAGGAUCCGGAGUGGAAUAGAUACUUUGAAUUCAGGGGCAUUGAUGCCUCUGAGGAAGCUAGUUUCACUGGCCAGAGAGCUAAGUUGUGA